AUGCGGUCCACCGACGGUCUGCUGGCACUGUUAUGGGUCAUCGCAGCCAUAGCCACGACUGCGAGGACGCCGCGUGCCGCAGCGGCCGCGUGUCCACAACCCAGUGAUGCCAUUCGGCAGUGCAAAUGUUCCAGCCGGGACAAUGAAAUACAGAUAUGGUGAGUACCUACAUUAGUCAGUUUUAAAAUUUCAAAAGUACGUGGUAGGAGCACAUUACGAGACAUAAAAGAGUUAUCAAAAUAUCAUAAAAUAACAAACAGUAUGAUAAAACAAUGAUUAGAUCAUAUAGGUUUGUUUAGAAUUUUUUAAAUCUAGUUAAGAAGAAUUUCGACAGAAAUAAAGGAAAAUCAACCACUCUCAUAAUUAUAGACUAUUAUAGUAGAACAUAGGACCAUUUCAUUUGAUAAUUCAGUUUUUUAGUCAUAAUAUCCAAUUUUAGUUUUAUACCAAUCCAGUUUUUUUUUUAUAUUUAAUUUGAGAACAAUCUUUGGUAUUUAUUUCCACUUUAAUGCCGUCACGAUUUUCUUGGAACGUUUUUAUUACUUAUUUACUUUUCGCCUUGUGAUUAUUAUAAUACGCCAUUAUAUUCGAUUACAUAACUAGGUAGACGUAAUAAGAUAGAUUUCAUCGUUUAGGUAUAAAUAAUAAGGAUAUUAUUUCACGAUUAUAUUAUUAUUGUUGUAAAAUAAUACGGGUAUCACGUACAUAAAAUAGUAUUACAAAUUUUAACUUUUUUAAUCUUAUUCAAUUUUUAAACCAUUUCCUACUUACACUUUAUUUUCUAUUAUUGUAAUAUUGUGUUAUGGAGAGCUUAAGAGGGUUUAGCCUUCUCUGAGCCAUCUCAAGCCCUACCUUUAAUAUUUUAAUUAAUUCAGUCAUAUUGUGUACACACUAAAACCGAUUUGACUCGAGCCCUAGGUAUUUUUCAUUCUACGUCUAUACAGUCCCAAAUUAAGAUACAUGGUACUCGUAAGCUAUGAACAAAUAAAUGCCCCUUUUUCAUUUCAUAAAAAACCAGUGACUAUUUUUUAGACUUUUCGUAGUACACAUACAUGUAUUGAGUUUAAUAUCUACAGGGCGUUGAAUUUAUUUUAACUAAAACGUCAUCUAAUAGGAAUUUUAAUGUAAUUUGGUACUUAAAAUUUUAAAAAUCACAAAUCAGUAGUGGUUUCACCCCCGAAAAUAUGAAUGAAAAAUACGAAAACGGAAUUGUAACAUUUUGGAGCUAUUUGUUUUACAAGUUGUUCGAAAAAUAAAAAAUAAAAAAAUUAGAAAACGUAGUAUUACUUUACAAAAUAAUGUCUUAUAGAGGAUUGAUUGCACUUUUUUAAAAAAAAAAAUAUUUUCCUUACAUCUGCGGAAGCUAUGGCAAAUUUUAAUUUUUUGUAGUUCACAUUUGGGAUUUCAUAGUGCAUAAAAUGUGUCAUAAUUGCUUGCAAAAAUAGCCACUGUAUGAAACUAUUUCUCUAUUCAUGAUUAUUUAUAUUAGUGACGGACUAUGAGAGCCCACACAAUUUGAUUCUGUACGAUUUUACUACACCCAAUUUGCCGAAUAGUCGUUUCACCGACAUGUAAACCGGUAUUCGGUAUUAAUGGAAAAAAUUCCAAUUUGCCAACAAAUUGAAGUUUCACAAAACAUAAAAGUAAUUUGUAUACAGAAAUCACUAGUAAAUAUAAUCUAUAAUCAAAAUAUUAAUAAAACUAUAAUAACUACGAUAUUAUUAUUGUCAAUUGACAAUUAGUAGUCAUUGCACCAUCAGUACCUAAGUCAGUUUGUUAUUUAACAAUAUUACAUUUAAAAUGUCAUGGUUUAUAGUAAAUUCUGAGCGUGAUGGCCAAUUAUUAGUUUUGAAUAAUUUUAUAGAUCGACAUAAUAGAAAGUUAGGUUCUAACCACAAUUAUAAAUGUAUUGAUCAUUGCUGAGGUCGAUGCAAUACUAAGGUAAAAAUCAAAUAGCUACUAUAUUGUCAAAAACAAGAUUAAUAAGAUUAAUUAACUUAUUUUAUUUUUAAGAAAAUACUGAUAAUUAAUAUGUAUACAUUAUUAAUUUAAGAUAUUUUUUCCUAGCUUUUUAUUUAGCAAAUUUAUUUAAUCUGUUUUUAGAACUUAACUUUUAAACUAUAGUUAAGAUUCAUUAGUAAAAAAGACGGGCAUAUUUCGCACGUGGUAGCAGUAACUGUUAUAUAUGAGAAGUUGUAGUAAAGGUAAAGAAGGUGGUGAAGGGAAAAUUUAGUGUAUAUUUGUAAGCAAUGAUAAACCAUUUUUAACGAAAAAAACGAUUCUAAGCGGACUUCAGUUAAUAAUGAUACUUUGUCAACCUAAUAUAUGUCAUAAUAUGGUAAAAUAAUUAAAUAGACAAUAUAUAUAUUCUUUAAUAAUAUUUGCUUAAUAUUUUACUGAUUUUCCCGUUUUUUUCCAGAACAUUUUUUAUCAUACUAAAAAAUAGUAGCUUACAUAAAAAUGAUAAAUGCUCCCCAUAAAAAAAAACUGGAUACUGUACUAAUAAUCACUUACAAAUAAUGGACAAAGUUUAAUUUAUCUUGAGGGUCUGAAUGUCUAAAUUAGUUUACAUUUACCCAUAUUUGAUUCAACAAGAAGGUAAGUAUGUAAGUGAGGGAUGAGGUGGGGUUGAUUUCAAAAUAUUAUAUAAAUAUAGUAUGACGCCUCGGAAUUGCGGACUUUUUUAAAGCACGGGAAAUUUACACUCCAAGCUUAACUCCCUCUUAAUAGCAGCUAUACUCAGAAUCUAAUUGAAAAAUUAGAUUUUUCCACAUAAUUUUAAAGAAAUAGUAGUACCACAAAUUAAGACUUUUAAUGAAUCUCCUGUUAAAUUUUCAAGCAUUUCUGUUAAGUCUAAUAAUUUUAGCACAAUUAAAAUGUCUACAAAAAGCUUAAAAAUGGAUUAAAUUUUUUGAAAAUUUGACCACGUCUAUUUUUAUUGACUUUUUAGUCAAUAUAAGUUUUUUUUGUCCAAAUUCCAAGUCUCUAAGAAUACUUUUAACUGAAAUACAAUAAAUAGCAAAAUUAAAAAAAUAAUAAAAGCAUUAUUUUUGUAAAUUUUCUGAUUUUCUUACGUUUUUUCUCACUUUUUUCUUUUUUUUAGGAAAAUUGCUAGGAAAAUCAAAUAAAUAACCUCCUUUAAAAAACCACCCCAAAAAAAUUUCCUUUCAGAAAAAAUUCUACAUCGUUUACAUUGGAGCAAGAUUUCUGGUAUAAUUUUUGUACACAGUAUAAAAAAAUAAAAACACAAAUAGUAAACAUUUUUGUAAAACCAAUUCGUUACACUCAGAAUCUAAAAGUGAUGGAGUAUUUUUAGUCUAUUAUUUUUUCUAGAUAGUUUCAUAAAAUAUUUUACUCUUUUGAGGACAGACAAUUUCCUUUUUAAUAAACAUGUUAAUUGGUAUUUAAUGUUAAUUUAAUUUUUAAAAAAAAUGUUUUUAGGUGUAGUCAUGGAGAUUCGAAGACCAUAUUAGAUGAGCUAAAGCAUCUGGCAUCAUCUAUUAAUGAUCCAGUUGAUGAAUUAAUUUUGGAAAAUAAUGCCAUUUCGUCGAUGCCAGCCAAUGCUUUUUCAACUUUAAAAAUUAUACGCUUAAUGUUGCGUGAAAACGGAAUCCAAAAAGUAGCCUCAAAUUGGUUAUCUGAUCAAGAAACAAGCAUACUAGAAUUAUUUAUAGUAGAAGCAGAACUUAGAAGUUUUCCAGAAGAAAGUUUAAUGGUAUUACCAAGACUAGAAGCAUUGUCUUUAAUUGCAGGAUCAUUGACACGACUACCACUUAUAUCUGGCUUGGCUAGAUUGAGGUAUGUUCAAAUCGAAGCAUCUUCACUGAUUAAUAUUGAGUCGGGAAAUUUUUUGGGUUUACCCUUUCUAGAACAACUGCAUAUAAAUGGUUCCCCAAAAAUGCAAAAACUGGACAUGGGUACUAUACAAGAUUUGCCUCGUCUAUUUUUAUUAAAUAUUUCUGAUUGUGGAAUCAUUUGGAUACAUCCUAGAGCUUUCGCUCGUUUACCAUCGCUUAUCGAAUUAUCAUUGGUCGGUAAUAAGUUAUCUGAUGCAACAAAUAUUGGAGGCGCUAUCAGAGAUUUGACUUCUUUGACAACCAUUAGACUUGAUAGAAAUGAAAUAGGUUUUAUUACCGAAGCUACUUUCGUAGAUAUACCAUCAUUACGUCACGUUUAUCUGUCUAACAAUAAGAUAAGUGACAUACGACGAGGUGCUUUUCAUCGUAUGCCGAAUUUAAAAUCAAUCGAUGUAAGUAAAAAUCAACUACGUCACAUUCACCCGGAAUCAUUCACACCCAUUCGUGACAAUAAUUUAGAAGAACUAUGGUUAUCUGAAAAUGUUAUCGACAACGCUAUGACAAUACGGUUGAUUUUAGAUAUGUUUCCUAAGCUUAGAUUUCUAGAUCUUAGCAGGAAUUUGAUACAAGAUAUCGUGUAUGGAUCAGUACAAGGCCAUUCAAGGCUUGAAAUGUUAUAUUUAGACCAUAACAGACUACAAAGAGUUGGCAGAGAAACAUUUACUGCUAUGCCAUUGCUGAGAGAAUUAAGAUUGGCCAAUAAUUCGUUAUCUAAUUAUUUAGCUAUUCCUUUAUGGAAUUUACCAAUGUUAAAAGGUCUAGAUAUAUCAUUUAAUAAGUUUGACAGACUAGAACGACGAAUGUUAGCCACAUUACCAUCAUUACGGAGAUUUGAUAUAAGCCAUAAUAUUGUUGCUGCAUUGGAUCCAACCACUUUCGCUGAUACUCCAAAUUUGGAACAUGUCAAUAUCUCUUAUAACUACAUAAGUACUAUAAAUUCUAUGACAUUAUCACAUUUGUACCAUUUAUAUGAAUUCGAUGCAAGUCACAAUAAAAUCAAUCAAGUAUGUAUAUUAUAUUGUAAUUUAUUCUAAAUAUAUAAUUUGCACAUUUUUUUUUAAAUGUUUUAAUUAAAAACGAUUGUAUUUGUAUAACAUUUUAUUUAAAUUCAUACGAAUUCAUUUUACGAAGUAGGUACCAAUCAAAUACUAGGUGUUCCACUAGUGGUGAAGUCGAUCGUAUAUAUGUCGUAUCCACUUAGUGUAAUCGUAUUUUUCAUGAAAUGGAUGUUCAUUUCAUGAACUACGAUCAUAACGUGUAAGUCAAAUUUUAGUUCAUGAAACGGACAUAUAUUUUAUCCAUUUCAUGAAAUGGAAACUCUUAUUUUACACUUUGUGUAAUAUUUUAAAUUAAUUACAUUAAUAGGUAACUUUUCGCGAAAUCGAAAUAAUAACAUUGAUACUGGUACGUAUCGCACCGUACUAUUUUAAAUUAUAAUUUAAAAAUAAAUUUUAAUUAAUUACAUCAAUAGAUAACAUGAAAAUCCUUAAUACGAUCGUAUAACUCUUCGUAUGGUACAACGUACCUGAUUAAAAUAAUUAAAUCAAUAAUUCAGAUUACAAAUUAUAAAAACCAAAUCAAAAAUUACCUUAUGUCUUCGUCUUCAUUAGUUUUUUUAUAAAUCAAAAACUUUUGAUCUGUAACGAACAGGACAUCAUACGUUUUGAUGAAAUAAUAAUCUCGCCUCUUUUUUUUACCACUAUAAAAUAAUGUAAAUUUCAAAUCAUAAACAAAUAUUUAAUGUAAAUAUUAAAUAAUAUUAUUUAAAUAUUUAUUAUCUAAUUUUUAAUCCAACGGAAUAAAACGUGAACUGCUGAGCGUAAAUUUGCUAUGUUACGUGUUUGUAAAACAAGCACUGAUGGCUGAUUGUAAUAAUUUUAUUUGAAGUGUCUUAAUAUAUAAUUUUUAUUUACUAAUAUUUUGUAUAUUUUAACGAUUACUUACAUUUUUACUUUUGCUACUAAAAUGUCUUCAAUCAUUAAUUGAACGUCAAUUUUGGUAGAUGGCUUUUUGUCUACGUAGUACGCAUUUAACUGUUCAUAAAAUUCAGAAAAUGAAUCAAAUUCUAUUUUAACGCUAAUAUACGGCUCGCUUCAAGUCAGAGGACGUACUGGCAUCAUAUAAAAAUAAUAUAAUAUACAGAUUUUCCAGAAUGCCUUGGUCGUAUCACACUUAUACAAUUGAUUCAAUUGAAUUUUGAUUAAAUAUAUAUUUUAUCGACUAAAAUUUAUCUGCUGAACGGUCGAUAUCUCAUCUUUACAAUUUAUUAAUAAUACAUAUAGUACGGUGCGAUGCGUACCAGUAUCAAUGUUAUUAUUUCGAUUUCACGAAAAGUUACCUAUUGAUGUAAUUAAUUUAAAAUAUUACACAAAGUGUAAAAUAAGAGUUUCCAUUUCAUGAAAUAGACAAAAUAUAUGUCCGUUUCAUGAACUAAAAUUUAACUUACACGUUAUGAUCGUAGUUCAUGAAAUGAACAUCCAUUUCAUGAAAAAUACGAUUACACUAAGUGGAUACGACAUAUACACUUCUUGGUUUUUUGAGAAUGCGUAUACUUAAAAAUGUUGUACUUCGUAGAAACACAUAUACUUAGUUAUUAUUUAUGUAUCUAUAUGUCUUAUUUAUUAUUAAUCGCAAUAAUUCAAUGAUGUAUGAAAAAGACCUUUUUGCUCCAAACUGAUGAGUGAUGAUAUAGUAGACUAUAACUUAAUGCUCUUAAAAAUUACCAAAUAUGAAUGCAUUUAUACGAUUAAAAAAAAAUAAAUAUACACUUCUAUAUUUUGUUUUUCAUACAAAAUGUUCAUAAAUAUGUUUGCUAGGGAUUUCUCUUAAGUCUUGAUGCAUACUUUUCCAAAAAUAAUUUUAAUUUCGGGUUACUAAUUUUGUGUAGAGAUAUAUUUGCAGACAAUAAAGCUUUACACAAAUCUUGCGAGAGUAAACAAUUUUUGAAGUAUUAAUUACACGAUGUUUUCCGCUCUAAAACGAAAAUUGUAUUGUAGUCUUUUUUGACGAUUAUUAAUUUCAUUGCCGCUUUAAUUUCUUUAAACUGGUAUGUCUCCUUAAAGGGACGCAUGGCUUGCUUGUACAAUUACACCAUAGUGACGUGCCUGGAUAUAUUAAUGUAAUUAACUAUAGCCAAUAGCCAUUAUUUCCUAAAAAAAGUAUUUUAUAGAAUAUUAUCGUAUUUUGAUAGAAACUAUUGGAUAAAUAUUUGAAAAAUACGGUUCUAUAAUGCCAGUGAAGGGUUUCAAAAUAAAUAUAUUUAUUUAUUUAAUACUGAAUUUUUAAAUGGUAUUAUCAUGAAUCAUCAAAUCUUCAUAAAAUUACAAAAUCACUGAAUAUGCAAAAAACUGUAACCUUUUGAUAUGUUUUUCGUUGUUUCGAAAGCAAAUACAUAUUCCGUACUCUACUUAUGAUCUUUUUCUAAUUUAAUCUAAGGUUCUAGUUACGCAACUGCGUAUACUUACUAAAAACUGGACGACUACAUCUCCGUGUCCCACGGAGAUCAAAAUAAUCAGAUAAACUUCUUUUUAGUUAGGUUAGGUUCAUAUAUUUUUUAAAAAACUAAAAAUAAACAAAUUAAAUUGUUUUACAUACCUAUAUAAUCAGAGAGUCAUUUUAUAAAUCUAUUUUCAAACAAAAUGUUAGUAUAAUAAAUGUCAACUAAUAAUAAGUUAUAAAUUGUCUAAUUUUGUUUUAAUUUUACAUUGCCACUAAUAUUAUAAAUAAUAAUUAAAAUAUAAUUUAUCUAUCACUUUUUCUGUGAAUGACGUAAGAUAAUGUUUGUUAUUACAUUGAUAGUUAUUAUUUAUUUAUUUUUUUUUAUUUAGUAUUGAUAAUGAAAAAUAUUUGAUACUAGGGGCGGGUGUGCGAGUAUUGUAGUUGGGAAGUUGGGAAAGUAGGAUGCAUAAACUUAUUUACCUGAUAUAAAUCUGUAAACAACGAUAAACCAUUGAUAACGAAAAACGAUUUGGAGCGAAGUUUGGUUAUACAUGUUUUGAAGGCCGUAAUAUUUCCAAUUUUUUCCGGUUUUUCCUAAUUAUUAAUAAAUCUACAAAAAAAAUCGAAAAACUUAUAACUUCAGAAUGAACAAGAUUAUAAAUUCAACAAAAUCGAUUUCAUAUCAUUUUUGGAUUAGGGCAAUAUUCUGGUAGAAAACAUCGUGUUAACAUAAUUAAAAUAAUGAAAAGGGUAACGCCGUGGCAUGUCGUAAAUAUUUGCCCUUUUAUCUAUACUUUUCUUUCGAGUUUUUCACGAUUAUUUCUAAACCCCUUGGAAAAUCGAAAAAUAACAUCAUCAAUGUACCAACAAGAAAUAAUUACCUUUCCAAAAAGGUAAUACAGUCUGUACUUUAGAGAAGUUUUCUGGUGGAAAAGUUGUUCACAGACAGAAAAAAAAUAUGAAAAAAAUGAACACACAUUAUAGUAAAACUAAUAGAUCCCCCACUUCUCUACCAAUCUAAAAAUUCAAAAAAAUUGUAGAAAAUUAACGACUCAUUAUUAGUUACAAAGAUUUUUAACUUAACAUUUCAAAAUAACUAAAUAAAUGUGUAAAAUGACUCUUGGAUUUGUUUUGUUAAGUUUAAAAAAAUGUAUAAAAUUCAAGAAUCAUAGCACAAUACUCUAAUAAUAAUAAUAAAAAUAUUGAACAGAACAAAAGUUAUUGCAAUUAUUACAUUGUCAAUAGACAACAUACGAGUACGACAACAUAAUGCUUUACACAUUUCAGACCAUAAUUUAUUUAAAAUCUUUUAUCAAUUUUAAUUAUAUUUAUUUUAUUUUAUAAAAAAGCAUAGUUUUUAUAUAAGUUUUUAAUCUAUAUGCAUUAAGUAUAUAGUACAUUAAUAUUAUUUUUUUUGUAUGUUUAUAGUUUAUUAGUGGAAUGCCAAGAGCCAUUGAAUAUUUAUAUUUGGCUGAUAAUAAAAUAAUGAGCUUGCCAAGUGAUAGUUCAACGGAUUUACAUCUGCCCGCCUUGAAACUUCUUGAUGUUUCAGGUAAAGCACAAUAUUAAUGAAAAAAAAGCCUUAAUUAAACUUUGAGAAAAAAAAAUAUGUUAAACAAUUAUACACAAAGUAAUAAAUUGUGUUCAUUUGGUUAGAUAAUGGUAUCCAUAGAGUGCCAUCUAAUUCGUUGACCGCCUUGACUUUAUUGAGAUGGCUCUACUUGGGAGGUAAUUCAAUGCAACAACUGGACAACGGAGCAUUUAGUGGAUUAAACCAAUUGCAAAUAUUAACAUUAAAUGAUAAUAAAUUAUUAAGCAUACAUCCAAAUACGUUUAAGGAGUUACCUCUUCUUGUGAGUUAAAUUUAAUAAUAUCUAUUGAACUACACAUAAAUAUGAUAUUUAUAGUUUGUAUUCAUUUUUUAGACGGAGUUAAAUUUAAAAGGUAACAGAUUAGAAAUUUUAGAACCAUCAUUAUUGUCUAAUAAUGGCAAAUUGAAAAAACUCGAUGUAAGUCAUAACAGACUUACCGAAAUUCAUGAAUCAUACUUUUCUAUAAACAAGUAAGUUAUUAAUAAAACAGUCAUAAUUAUUUUAUUUAAAAUAAUAUAAAUUUAUUUGUGAAUUAAUCUAGGGAACUCGAAGAAUUAUCAUUAUCCCAUAAUUCUUUGUCAGAAUUCCCAUCGUCAUUAUCAUCUAACCCUAAAAUAAAAAUUUUAGACUUAAAAAACAAUGAAAUUAAACAAAUGAAAAGUGGAAUGGUCUCAUCAAUGCCAUACUUAAAAGAGUUGUAUUUGUCCGAGAACAACUUAAACAUUUUAAAUGAAGGUGCCUUUCAACAGCUACCAAAUUUGACUAUUUUGGAAAUGGAAGGUAAUAAUCUAAACACAUUACCUUCAUACGGCAUUCAAAACUUGCCAAAUCUUGGGGUUGUAAAGAUGGCUCGCAAUAAAUUAGUAUCGAUACCAAGCAACGCUUUGGUAAACCUACCUAUGCUACAAAUUGUUGAACUGCAACAAAAUCAACUUAAUGAGAUUGCCAGUGAUGCGUUUGUCGGUAUACCGAAUUUAAGUAUGAUGAAUUUGAGUCAUAAUUAUUUGAAUGGUAUGGAAAAAUCUGGUUUAAAUACUCUAAGGAACUUAGAAGUCUUGGAUUUAAGCCAUAAUAAGCUAAAACAGAUAUCAACAAGAAGUAUACAAAAUAUGCACGCAUUAAUCAUGUUAAAAGUAAUUUUGCUGUUAUUCAAAUUAUUAUACUUUUGACAGAGGAAAGUCUAUAAUAUUAAUUACAUACAAUCUUCUAGCUCGACAACAAUAGACUAUGUAAUAUUGUUGGAAGCCCAUUUGAAGGAAUGAGCCGUCUAAGAGUGUUAAGUUUACGAGACAAUAAAAUGACUUCACUUUCUGAAUCUACAUUCAAUAGUAUCAAACCUACAAUUUCUCGUUUAGAUGUCGAUGGUAAGCUAUUCAAAAACAAACAAAAAACAAUUUGUAUAGUUAAUUGUUAAUGAUAAUUUAUCUGAAAGAAUUAACUAUAGUUUUUAAAAUAUACAAUUCAUAGUUUAUUAUUUAAUUCAACACACAUAAAUGUACAUAUGUACAUAUGUACGUAGGUAAUCCAGUGCAUUGCUCCUGUAAUAUGCGAUGGUUACAAUCGUGGCUAAGAACAACAGCUGAUAGUUUUGGUCCUAGAUGCACUGAUGGAACUUUGCUUAGAGAAAUGCCAUUCACAGCAAAACACUGUAAUGAAAGGGAUUUAAAUAAUAUAACAGAAAAUAUUCCUGGUUGUGAAAUAGAAUCUAUUCCCAUCAUCAAUGGUAAGAAUUAUUGAAAUUACAGAUUACAUAUAUUUUAAAUUCUGAAUGGAGCGAAGAAUGUAAGAAUGUUUUUACAAAGAUGUUCAUUAUUAUUUUUUUUUAUGUAAACACUUUUUCUACCAGAAAGCUUACUCCGAUGUACCAUGUGAUUCAUUUAAGUGGGUAUACUCAUUAUCUCGGAAAAUAUUAACUUUUUCCAGAAUUUGUUUUCUAGAACAUUUAAGAAAAAAGCUGCUCCACAAUUUUAUAUUUGUGUUACUUUUUAUCACCUUUAUUUUUGGGGGUAAAACCACCACCUCCUUUUGAUUUUCAAAUAGCAACUUAUAUUAAAAAUUCCAUAAAUAGAUGGAGUAUUAUUUGUAUUAGAUUAGUUAAAAUAAAUUUAAAUGUUGACAUUUUUUAUUUCCGUUGAUCCGUUGACGAGAUAUUCCACUUUUAAGUUUGGGUUGGAAAAGAGUAGUGAAGUAUCAUUAAUGUGGCGAUAUGGCGUACGGCGUGUUAAUAAUGCACCACUACUCUCAUCCAACCUAAAAUUAAAAGUGGUAUAUCUCGUCAACGGCUUAACAGAAAUCAAAAAUGUCAACACUAAAAUUUAUUUUAAUUAAUACUCAAUAUAUUUAUGGACUUUUUAAUAUAGGUUGUCAUUUGAAAAUCAAAAGUAGGUAAUUGUUUUUACCCCCAAAAAUAAGGUUGACAAAAAAUAACACAAAUAUAAAAUUGUGGAGCAGCUUGUUACUUAAAUGUUCUAGAAAAAAAAUUCCGAAAAAAGGUAAUACUUUCCGAGAUAAAGAGUGUACCCAAUUAAAUGAAUCGCCUAGUAUACGAUGUAGAAUUUUUUCUGAAAAGAAAUUGUCUUGAGGAGGUACUUAAGGAAGGUCAUUUUCCGACUAUCUCAGAAUUUUCUCAUCAAAUGUGAAAAACCAAAAAAAAAAAAACCGGAGGAAUAACGAGAAAAUUUAGGAAAUAUAUGAGUAAAAUAUUACGAUUUUUUUUUUUUUCUGUAAACAACUUUUCUACAAGCAAUUUUGAUCCGAUUUACAAUGAUAGCACUUUUUCUGAAAGAACUGACUGGAAUAAGGUACUUUAAGAAGUUUGGUUUUUGAUUUUCUCGAAAUUUUUUCCAGCAAAUGUGAAAACUCGGGAAAAGACAGGAAAACCCGGAAAAACGUAGAAAAAACGAAAAAAUCGAUACAAAUAUUAAACAAAUAUUAUUAAAGAAAAUAUAUAAUGCUUAUUUAAUUAUUUUAUCAUAAUAUGAUCUAUAAAUAGUUGACAAAGUAUCACUAUCAACACUAAACUCCCGUCUGUAUCUUACUUUCCCAACAGUCCACCUAUAACAGUGGCUACACCCGUCCCCAUUUUCUUACCUUGUUUUUUAAAUCUUAAAAUAUUGUUUAUAAAAAUAUCUGUUAUCUUAAAAUAUUGUUAUAGCAAAUACAGGAACAUCAAAUCAAGUAACUUCGUGGGUUAACAGUGGAGAAACGAAUGAAAAUAAACCACUACCCGAAGAAACCGAUUAUUUUUACGAAGAUGUCGUAGAACUGAACGAUAAAACAGAAGAUAAAACAGAACUUCAAAGAGGUUAUUCGACCGAAAAAACCUUGCCGACAAUAUCACCUGCAGUUUUAUCGCACUAUGUACCCGGUGAUACACCAACAUUGUACGCCAGUAGUCGGCCCAAUAGCUCGUCUUUUCCCGAUGAGCAUCCAUUGCAAAGCAAUUCGGGCGGUACUGCUUUUACAUUUUUUGGAGUACCAAUACCGCCGUUAAAUUUCAACAAUAUUUGGGGCCAAACUAAAGGAACUGGUAAAAGACUUAAGGAUAGCAGACGCAAUUCAUUGCCCAAAAAACCGUCUGCCAUAGAACAAGAUGGUUUUACGUCAAUGAUACCGGGUUCUGGGGGCUUACGAACAAUAGCAACUACAACAGAUCAUACUAUAUUUGAAGAAGAAACCGAUAAUGAAGACAAUGUUGACACUAUUCACAAAAAUAACAGUACAUUAUAUAAAUUUACAAAAUCCAGCGGCCCUACACCACGGUAUCAUUUUGACAGCACCACGGAAUCCCCAUUUUAUUACAAUAAAUUUCCAAACAGUGACAACAACUUUUCUAAGUUUGCAAAUAUCACGACUCGCGAUUCCUUAUUCGAGUCUGCCACGAUUAAUUCAAUUAUUAGAUCUACUACUAAACCGAAUCUAUCUAACAACCAACAACAAACAACUGCUGCAGUUCCAAUCUUACAAAGCAACAUUUCGGUUGACCAAACAGAAAGACUGCCUAAAUUGUCAACAGGUAACAUUAUAUCGUUUGAAUUUAAAAUUGUAUGUGUUCUUCAUAUUAUGCUGUUGCGUGCAAAUAAUUAACAUAAAUUACGUAUAUUAUUAUAUUAUAACUUAUAAACGUAGGCGUGCGUUCGGGGUGUGCCAACUACCAAGUUUGCUAUGGCACCCUCCCUCAUGAACCAUGUUUUUUGUUAAUUGAAAUGAAUUAAUUCCAAUUUUUGAGGCUUAAAUGUUUGUUGGGUUUAAGCGAACCUAAUAUUAUAUUUUGCUAAUCUAGUUUAGUACUAUUUAUCAGUGCUAUCACCAAAAUUUAUGUGGGUGCACAUUACGAAAUAGGUAGUUAUAUUACAUACCUUAUUGUUAUUAGUUGUACAUAAUAUAUACCUAAUUUAGUUAUUUCUUAGAUAAAGUUUUCUGGUUCAGAUACCUAUCUCAAAACUAAUUAGCCCAUCUUGUUCGUCUGUCUGGUAUUAAUUUCAAUAUUUAUGAAACCUUUUGUUUGUUUUUAUGGUCACCUAUCUAUCUAUUUUUAAGAAAUAUAUUAUUUUGUUUUCGUGAAAUAUCGGUAAAAUAAUAUUGUUAAUGUAUAGAUACUUUGCAUUUAAUUAUAAAAAAAAAAAAUAUUUAUAUACGAGGGUUGUCCCAAAAGUAAUGCACAAUUUGCUCUGAAUAAAUAAGUUUUUAUUUUAAACUAAAUACAAUAUUAUAGACCUUCGAUAUAAUCUCCCUGUUUGUCUAUACACGAUUGCCAUCGUUUCGGGAGCGCUUGAAUGCCGCAUAGGACGCCAUCUUUGUUGAGUUCACGGAUCCUUCGGCUCACUUCUUCAUUUAGUAUAUCCAAGUUGGGAAAAUGGAUCCCUCUAAGUGGUUCCUUCAGUUUUGGAAAUAAAUCAAAGUCCGAGGGACUUAAAUCCGGCGAAUACGGUGGGUGUUUGAGGCGUUCCCAUCCAUAUUUCUCCAAAAGAGCGACGACUGGUGCUCCGAUAUGCGGCCGCGCAUUAUCGUGCAAUAUGGACACACCAUUUUGUAACAUUCCUGGUCGCAAUUUUUUGGCAAGGAAUGUUUUGUAGUAAUCCCCGGUUACACUACUGCCAAUUGGAACUCGAUCAUAUCAACUGACAAUUAUCCCAAGUUUAUCGUAAGCAAAAAUCAUCAUUUAAGUAACCGUAGAGGGUCGGCCAGAGCGAGGGUUGUUAUCAAUACUUAUACGACCAUCACGGAAUCGCUGAUGCCAUCUUUGCACCGUACUACGAUCCACAGUAUCCGUUCCACACACUUCAUUUAACGCGGCAUGAAUUUCAGGCACUGUUUUACCACGAAUCGUUUCGAUUUUAAUGUAUGCGCGUUGCUCAAAAACAGAAAUGUGAGCCGACGAAUUGUUCUCACUUUCGUUAUCGCUCUCACACAUCAUCAUACUUUACUAAAACAACUAAAACUGAAAACGCACGUGUUCGUUAGACUUCAAGCUACAAACUGNUAUCACAUUGCAAGACAGCUAGAGCGCACUGUGCAUUACUUUUGGGACAACCCUCGUAUAUAUACAUUAAAUAGAUAAUGUGGUAUUUUUCAUUAUUAUUAUCAUUAUUGUUGUUAUAUAUUAUAUUAUUAUUUAUUUAAUAUCUUAUUUACUUUAUGCAACAUUCAACGUCAAAUGUCUGCGCACGCCUAUGCUUAUAAACAUUUGGAGUAAUCUCAAUAAAAUUUUGUGAAAUGAGUAUUGUUAUACAUUAUAUGAGUGUUUUUCUUCUUUCUCUACGCCUUUAUCCAAUAUAAACAAGGCCAACCACUCUUAGAUCCCUCGCCAUUCCCUCAACAUUAAUUUAAACAUGUGUGCAGUUAAGCGGCAAGUAUUUAUCACGAUCACAAAAUUCUUCAGAUUUUUUAAAAUGAACAAGUUUUGGUAUAAUUUUAUAAUUCAUUUAGGAUAUCCUCAUCUACUCGUAGCAUCGCUGCCUUCGUUAAUAGUUUCUACGCAUGCAUUUGUGCUAUAAAAUAUCGGUGCGUGUGUUUUAUUUAAUGUACCUACACCCGCAAAGUUGUGUGUUUGCAGUGGGACCGGAGACGAGCACGGGGACCCAACAACAGCAACUGUUUGCAGUCGUCACACAGUCACCCUCGGCAAUGCCAUCAACGGCAUCGCCUGCAGCAGCAGAAACAACAAUAUCGACAACAACAGCGAAUACAGCGCAUACGCCCAUGGCGGCUCCCAGCGUGUCCACGCCAUCGUCAUUGACCGGUUUCUUGGCACCCGGCGGCCAGCUGCCCACGCACAAGGACCUCACGGGCAUAGUGGUGGCCACCGGCAAGCCGUCCAUCGUCAAAGUGACCCUAAGUCCACCGGGCCAACAGAGCCAUCCACAGCAGCAGCAGCAGCAGAGGGUCGCGGCAGGCGAGCAUCAACUGCUGCAGCAAACGCAUGGUCCCAUAAACUCCAAAUACCCGGUUCCUAAAACCGGGGUGGCGAACAAUAACCAUCAGCAAGCGUAUCAACUGCCCACCAGGUCGACGGACGCAUUUCAAUCGACACCGUUCAAAACGAGUUCGGUGAGUGACUGGUAUUACGCCAAUUACAACAAAACCAACGUGGAACCGUUCGUCAGCAAGACCUUAGUGUCUGCGGGCACCACAGGCGGUCGAUCAAAGGCCACGUACACUAAGGAGACCCCGGCAGCCGUUAUGAUGGCCGUUACACUAUUAUUGCAGGUGGCCAUUCUUGGAUUUAGAUAAGCACAUUAUAUAGUUACGUCUUAGUCACAAUAUCAUAAUAAUAUCAUUAAAAUUAUAUCGAUUUAUCAUUAUCCUAUAUCUAGUAUCUCUACUCUCUCUAGAAUAUCUAGUAGUACCUACCUAUAUUAUAUUUUUAUAGAAUUAUCGUUAAUCGGCACACGGUUGUAAUUAUAUUGAUAAUGAAGAAUGAACUUAACAAGUAAUAAUCACUGAAAGAACCUAACCUCUUAUAUGUAACCAUACAUAGGUAACACCACAUGAUGGACCAAACAUAAUACCGUUAGUAAACAUUGUAUAUUGUAUUAAUAACUAUAAUACAAUCAUUUUAAUAUUAAGUAUAUAUUUAUAGUGUAAGGUGAUAUAAUACGAUAACGAUCGAGUGUUUAAUUCAAGUUUUUUUUAUCCCGUUUAAAAAUGCAUAAUAUUAUACUAUAUUUGCAUACUUAUUAAGUUUUGUAAUAGUAGAAAUUGUAGAUUUGCAUCCUUAUUUUUUAUCAUCGUAUAACCGCUAUAAUCAUGCCAAUAUACCUACAUGGUAUUAUAAAAACGGUAUAAAUACUUAUUUACUUUGUAUUCUAUAAAUUCAAUAUAUGUAGAUAUAAUUAAUAACCUUUCAUAUUAAAUGCAUCCAUUAAUAAUUUAUUGUUUAUACAUUGAAACUUAAGAGCAUACAUGCAACAGCCAGCACUUUCCGAAUAUAGGUACAUUAUUUUGUCAUUUUGCUAUAGGUAUUAGAUUACUUAUGGGUAGGCAGGCACCUAUAUCUAAAUGUUUAUGUAUAAUGUGUAUAAUAAUUAAUGCUAUUAUUGAUGGUUUACUGUAUAUUUUUAUUUUAGUGUAGUGUUAUCAUAUUAUAUAUUUUUAAAAUAUUAUCCAAAUUAUUAUAAUUAUGUAAUCCUCAUAUAUCAUUAUUAAAUAUAAAAUAUUUCAUGUUAUAUACCUCUACUCUGACU